AUGGCUCCAAGAAGAGGCAAGACAAAAAAUGACGAUGAUUCUGGUGAUGAUUCAGAUGACUACAGGAAAAAACGUGACAGAAAUAACAUGGCAGUAAAAAAGAGCAGAGUUAAGUCCAGACAGAAAACUGAAGAAACUAUGGUUCGAGUCAAUCAGUUGAAAAGUGAGAAUACUGUCUUGGAGGAAAAGGUGAAACAACUUACAAAGGAAUUAAACUUUCUCAAAGAACUAUUUCUUGCACAUGCAGGGAAUAAUGUAGAUGCAAAAUUUCAGAAUGUUGACUUGCAGAAAUUAUUUGGAGAAUCUAGUGAUCAGUAA